AUGAACGGUCCUGCUCCUCCUCCAUCCGCCCCGCCUGCUCUCACUGCUCCCGCUCAGGCUCAAGAGGGUGUUGAAGCGACCAGACCUUCCUCUGUGACGGCGGUCGACUGGGCGGACACAGCUGGACCAACGCACGAGACGCACGACCCUUCACCCCGCCCUUCUACCGACUCGACUCCCCCUCGAAACCGCUUCUCCCUCGACAAGUUCCGCCGACCGGUGCAUCCAGGUCAUACGGAUAAUGAGGGAGCGGUGGGACGCCAGGCGAGGAUGCUGUACGCCCUCAUUACGGGCUUAGUCCCUCCCCCUCGUCCACCCGUCAAGAAGUUCUCGCUGCCCUCGCUCGUCCCGGCGCACCUGAGCCGCGACAACGGAUACACGCCUGUGUUGGUCACCCAGCCCUCUGCAGCAGGCGCGCAAGUCACGCCGGAACAUGCACUCGGGCGCCGGGCGAGAGCAGGGGAUUCGCCGAGACCUGUUCCGAUUGUCAAGCCAAAGGCGCUGAAGAAGCUCAAGGCGGAUCUUCUCGAUGCCGACAAGGCGAAGCGAAUCGUCUCGGAUCUCAAGCGUAUGGACGCUCCCGUUGAUAACCCUGUCUUGGAAGCCGACGAGCAGUCCUCCGAGCCGGAACCGUCCUCGACUCUCCAUGUCCUCGCUUCUCGCGGCUACGCCCUCCCCCCGCUCGACUCGACUCCCACCGUCUCCGCCGUCUCACUCCCGCCCGUCUCGCCAGGCGCUCUCGCAGGUCUCGCAGGAGCUCAGAGCGGCGCCUUCGAGCUGCUCGCCGACAUGACUGGCGCUCUGAUUGGCAAGAGCGGAGCGCAUCAAGGCGUUUUUGUCCCGCCUGUCGACAGGAUCAGCGUGUUCGUCUACUGGUGGGGCUUCGAGCUGUCCAUUCCUCCGGCAACGAUCAAGACGCUCUCGUCGGUCGCCUCCGUCCAGCAAACUUUCAUGACCUUCCUACAGGCCUUUGUGAUCGCUGGCGGUGAGAUCCACGACCUCUCGUGUCGUCUCGACCGAUCGACGUCGACGGACGGCACUGACCAGAUGACUGGGUUCGCAGGCGCACCGGAACUCGCGCCUUUCAUCCGCUACAUCGCCUCGUACUGCGACAUGGAAUGGUCGGCCAUCAAGGCGCAGGACAGAGGUCACGGCAUCGUUCUCGCCGCAACAUGGCUUCUUCCUGUCGCCCUCGUACCUCGCCCGUGGGACUUUCCCGUCUCCCUUCCUUCGCCUCAUCCGCCCCGCAAGCUCGGCACGACCUGA